AUGAAAACCUACAAUAAUCACUAUAGCACACCAAUAUCCUCAUCUUCUUUACAGAACAACAACAUGUCAUUGCAUCUUGAAUCUACAUCACGAAAUCGCACAUCACAACAAUUGAAGAAGCAAACUUGGGUUCAGCACGGAAAGAAUCAAGAAAAGAAGAAGAAGAAGAACAAAAGAGAAGGGAGGAAUAAUAUCAAAGUGGAGGGAGUAUCUUACCGGAUUUCGAGUAUGUCGAAAACCGUGUCUCUUCCAAUGUCGAGAGGGGAUAAGAGGACAUUGUAUGUGUUUCGUUUUUAUUCCAUGGCGGAUCAGAAGUAA